AUGACAAUAUCUACUUUCGAUCACGUGUCGGGGCGACUUAGACGGAUAGCGCGUCAUCUCGCCUUCCCAAAUUUUCCUCUUCUGCAGUUCCAAUCCAAAACAUCUAUCUAUAGCGUCAGGAACGGGAGAAACAUGUUUAACUCGGUGAAUCUGGGCAACUUCUGCUCCCAGACGCGCAAAGACAGGACUUCCGAGUUUGGGGACAGGACGGGCUGCGCCUCUAACAUUUAUCUCCCCAGCUGUACCUAUUACGUGCCUGAAUUUUCAGCGGUCUCUUCUUUUUUACCGCAGGCCCCGUCGAGACAAAUCACCUACCCUUAUUCUACAAACCUGUCUCAAGUGCAGCCGGUCCGGGAGGUUUCCUACGGCUUGGACCCGUCCAGUAAAUGGCACCAUAGAAGCAAUUAUGCGUCCUGCUACUCAGGAGAGGACCUGGUGCACCGAGACUGUCUCCCGCCAUCCACCAUGACAGAAAUGCUCAUGAAAAACGAGAGUGUCUACAGCCACCACCACCACCAUCACCACCCGAGCUCCAACCAUACUUCUACGGGUUUUUACUCUGGAGUGGGGAAAAACAACGUCCUUCCUCAAGGCUUUGACCGCUUUUUUGAUAGCGCCUACUGCGGCGCGGACAGUCAGCCAGAGAAUUGUUUACAAAAGGGCGAGGCGAGCAAGUGUGACUCUCAGUCCCAGCAGCCCACCGAGCUCCCCGGCGCCGCGGACCCGGAAAAAGACGCAGAGGAUGAGGAGGAACACACAAACUCGGGCUCAUGUGCUUCUUCAAACACGAAGGACGGCAACACCAACAAGAACAACCACUCGAGUACACCUCGUACGAGAAAGAAGAGGUGUCCAUACUCCAAGUUUCAGAUCCGGGAAUUGGAGCGGGAGUUCUUUUUUAACGUUUACAUAAACAAGGAGAAACGGCUACAGCUUUCCAGAAUGCUGAGUCUCACCGACCGACAGGUCAAGAUCUGGUUCCAGAACCGACGAAUGAAAGAAAAAAAAUUGAGUCGGGAUCGGUUGCAGUACUUCUCUGGAAACCCCUUAUUGUGAACUCUGGCAUUGACGGCAGUGGCAAAUGCAAUUUAGUGCUUGCAAAUGCAGAGAAUGGUCAUCGCGCGUCAAUGGAAGAAAGCGUAUGCUUUCAUAACACUUCCCUUAGCCUUGUGGCAUUGAUAUUAUCAUGAGUAACACUAAAUUCAAGUUACUUUCUGAAAAGGAGACCAGCCAAGGCAGACUUUAAGUUUUAAGGCGAAAGGUCGUUUGGCGUAACGACCGGACUCUGACUACAGAUAAUCGAUGUAUGAAACUAAUAUUAAGAAUCAGCAAAGGACAAUAUGAACUCAUUGACCAUAGCUGAAUGGAGAAUGCAACGAAGGAGGUAUUCUACGUAAUGGUUAGAUUUUACAAUUAAACAAUUUGUUUGUUAUGGAGUUCUGCGGUUUCUUAACCUCUUCCACUUUGUCCAAUAUUCUUGUAGCCUAUUUUAAUUCAGCGCGCAUUUCAUAAGUAGUAUCUGGUAAAUGUUAAAUAUAAAAAAAGGGGGGGGGGGGUCUAAUUCAAACGCUUUAUCUGUCACUACACACAGUUCAGUUGUUGUUGCCAGAUGAAAAUGUCUCUGCUGCAUAUAAACGUAUUCUUCAUUCCAACACAAGACUGUCGACCGGAAUCAUCUCUGAAUGUCGCCGAAUAAUUCUGACGCUUCCAUAACUGUGUGCAAUCCACAAUAGAAGUAUUCCUUAUAUUGGGGCUAUGCAAUGAGCGUUUGUGGCUGUAAAUAUAUAUAUAAAUAUAUAUAUAUAUAUAUUAUAUUAUAUUAUAUUAUAUUAUAUUUUGCCUUCAUUUUCCCUUCCCGUCAACUAUGCUUUAUUCACUUUUAGAAAUCUUAAGAGCUUUAAUGUUUGGUCCGUUUAACUUAUUGUUUAAUGCUUGAUGUUUAUUAUUAUGCAGAAAGACAAAGAGGAGACCACGUUGGACCUGUGUAUUAUGGAAGUAAGAACGCAAAAUAAAAGAAAAUAAUGACAAAUGAACAGCGUUUACAAAUUCAUGGCAUUUAAGAAUGAACGAAUUAUGAGUUCUAGGGUCGAUUUUUAAACAUUCCUUACUUUACUUAAUGAACUUUCCGUGUGCUGUGGUUUUGGAAAUUCGUGUUGAGGUAAAAUAACUGAAAAAUGUGUGCAUAGCCUACUGUGAAGUUAGGGUGUUAGUACAAAAUCAGAGAUAGGGGGGGAAAAAAACAAAGCUAAAUAACUAAUAAUGUGUUCCAGGUCUGCUGAGCUCUGAAAUGCAGGGCUAAAAUUCCACUGACAGAAAAAUAACCCGAAAUAAGUUGAGUGAAUUUAGUAAAUAACUUAUUCUUUACUGAAUGCACGCAAACGCAACUCUCUCUCUCUCUCUCUUCUCUUUCUCACACACACGCGCACACAGACACACGCACGCACACACAAUAAAGCAAAUAAAUGUAGACUAACGCGUUGUUACUGUAUAGUGUUCGCUGGCACACAUUGUAUAUGGGCGUGUACCGCUGCAAUUUUAAGAAAAAUCUCUGUUCGUCUGCGAUUUUGUGUGCAGAGGGAGCCCGGUCGGGGUGGGGACGUCCUUGUGUGAAUAGGCCCGUGGCUGACGGUGUUUGGGUGUAGAGCCUGGGACCAUGAAUUCGAAUGUGUUUCGGUAUGUUUAAGUUCACAUAGGUGCACUGCUGGACGAUGACACUGCACACUAAGAAGCCAAGGGGGAAAAGGAAAAAUCAUGUUUUAGUGCGCACUAAAUGAGAUCGCCAAUGGCCAUCUGAAAACCAGUCUAGUCCAGUCUAGACACUGCCAUAAAGCUGGAGGCACUAAAUAGCUAGUUUUUUCUUAAUUGCACCGUCUGUUCGACGAGGCGGCAUUUACUUCCGCUGCAAAUAGUAAACAAGGUAGACUGUUUUUUUCUUAAAACUUACCAAACCUUUCUAACCUUGAUUACACGCAUACAUACACACACUCCCUUCCCGAAUGGGUUUGUCGUGCAGUGAUAUCGCUUGUGAAUGGUUUACUUAACCCAGGUAUUACGCAUCUUGUUCAAAGUUCUCUGUCCACCCGGAUUUGCUGAAAUUGGCCAUAAACCUCGGGUUUAUUGGCCACGUGGAGCUUAACUGCACUGCUAGAAAAUAACAGAGGGAUGAGAGGUAGAGGAUCAUGGCGCUGGUGGAAAAGACGAGACAAUAAGGCUCAA